AUGCCCUCGAAUCCAAUAUCGGACAUCGUUUGUGAUUCUGUGUCUGACUUCAUUGAGUCAACCAUUCACACAUACCUGUUCCAACGGGGUGUUUACCCACGCUGUGCUUUCACCGAAUUCGUGCUUUUUGGGGUUCACAUACAGAUUUGUACCAACCCGGAAGUCAAGGUGUACAUCAACGAUUGCGUUGAAUCAGUGCGCUCUCGGCUUCGUUUUUUACGGGAACUACGCAUACUCGUCUGUACACUAGAGAAGGAGCCUUUGGAAAGUUUGGUCCUUAGAUUUGACCGUAUUAGCGAGGAAUUUGUUAAGCGCGACACAGCAUUGUCACUGCUUCAGGAAUACUUCGCGACUGCUCUCCUUCGGUUGAGUUUGCUUGAGUGCUUUCAUGAUCCCUUCGACUUUGAAACCACCUGGGAACUGUGCACUCGGUUUGCACCAGCCGAGACUCAUCCAGAUAACAUCGGAUCAGUGUCUUGGGUGCCAAAGGACUGUAUUGAGCAUAACGAUGCUCAAAAAUUGACCCUAGUUCCAGUGAAAUCGUUUUAUAAUGAUCACAUUCAAUUACAGCUGUUUCUGGAGCAGCGCUCACGAGAUUCAGCUACGGUCGGUCAACGGUCGCACUGA